CCACACCCAAGCCCAAUCGAAUUGCCACCCAUGGUGCGAGUACUGUAUUGAUAGGCCAGUGUCAUGCCAACGUCGAUGGUGCAUUGCGACGCUGCGCGGCCUGCUGCUGCUGCCGCUGCCACCACAGCCCCGCCCUUCGACCCCAAAGCCGAGCGACGCAUGAAAGAGCGGCAAAAGAUGCAGCGGUACCGCCAACGACUGGCCGCCAAGGUCGUGUACUUGAAGGACUUGACAAAGAAAAUGGAGUCCCAGAUCCGAGUGUAUACUCUCCAGCGGCGAUCGAGUCGAACGUUGUUGGCAUGGGAGCACAUUGCAUGCGCUCUGCGAGAAGAGAGCGACGCCACGACCACAACCAACGCAGCGCUGAGAGACCAGUGCACGCAACAUGCGACGUUAAUCCGAUCCAUGAAGCAGUGGGUGAUGCAAGUCGCCGGUACCUCUGCCGACAGCGUACCCGUGUCUCCCACGUGCAUGUCGAGGCGACCACUGCAAAACCUGACGCUGAGUGCCGACCCAUAUGCUCGCCGCCUGGGCUUUGACUGGAUCACUAGGCAUCUGUACCACAACUGCGACAGCGCGUUUCAGCGCAUGGGGUUCCCGGCUUCUGCCAAUGAGACGCUGGCGUCGUUCUCCGUCGACAUGACCGAUCCAGAUUGUUGCAUGUACACGUGGCGCAGUCAGCGAGAGUUCCCUGCGUCCGUUGAGUACGUGCGCGAUGUGUUCGCCCGGCCCAACCUCGUCGGGCAGAUGCACGGCACGUUCAGACGGCAGUCAACGUUGCUGCAGUUACCCGAGACACUGGACAGCCUCGUGAUAAGCCAAGACGACGAGAUUUUACGAGACUUUCAAGGCAUGUACACCCACUCCCAGUGGACCCCCGACUGCUUCGUCCACUUUCUCGCCCGAGAGUUCAACCAACCCGGCCGCUGUGUGUUUGUUGCUCAAAACAUCAACGACGACGCGGCCUUGGUGAACGGCCUACUCCAACGGAAUCGCAUGAUGUGGAUUGCACUGGACCGCGUGGCUCCCGACCGCACGUGCGUCCGAGCCAUGUGCAUCAACUCUCACGGGUUUAUCCAGGGGGGUGGCUACAGCAGCUUCGAGGAAGAGGCCCUGCGAUGGGGUUGCGACGUGUCGGCUCUCCCGACGGACGACCAGCGCCAUCAACACUUUGAACGGCAUGUGCUGAACGUGGGAGGCCGCAACGGCAACUCGUUUGUCGAAGAUUUUGACUGCAGAGUCAACACCAUGCGAUACGGUGAUUCUCGCGUAUCGACGCAUGGACUUGGUUUGUGCAACCAUCCUCACCCCAAGACCGAAUAAAACACAGCAAUAAGCACGUGAUGUAUAUCCUUACUGGAGGCUGCGGGAAAUGAUCAACUUUACAAUCCUCAAACGAUAUGGCAUUACAUUCUUCAUCAUCGUCAUACAACACGCUAGAAUGAAAUCGAGUUA